AUGAUCUGCAGGAAAGGAGAAAAGAGUGGUGUCUAUGUCACAGGCCCGCCUGCCAUGGAUCCAAACAAGGAGUAUGUCAAUCCUGGCACAGAGGAUCAAAUGGCUAUAGAAGGAUAUAAACUAAACAAAUGGAAGCGAGCCUUUACCUACUUAGCAUGCGUGGUAACAGGUGGAUUCCUACGACUUGUGUUCUAUUGGUGUCCACACUGGCUGCUGCGAUGGACACACUCAACCUGCCCUCUAGGAGAGGCAGAGUCCAUACUCCUCUUAGACCAGUAUCAACAGUGGUUUGUGUCCAAAGUCUUCCUUACUACCAAACAUGGCACCAGAAUUAAAGAGGUGAAGUUAUCACCAUCUAUAUCCUUCCAGGCAAGACGACGAAACAACCCGGCUUGUACAACUGUUCGUGAUGCAGCUAUUCCCGACCAUAAUAAAGAAGUUGAAGAAGCCCUCCUUUCCCACCCAGAAGCGCAUAUGGACGAUAGUAUUAUACGAUAUUUCAUGGUAAAGAAAGUGAAGUACCUAUGGAACCGCCAUCAUCAGACGUUUGAAAAACUUAGGGGUUAUGAGGAUGCCACAUCGUGCUCAUACUUCCAUGAAACCCAAGGAUUGACAGGUGCUGAACUGGAAGAAAGGAGUAUACUUUAUGGUAUCAAUGCCAUCCAGGUCAGCGUCACACCCAUUUUCAUCCUUCUUAUCAAAGAGGUGCUGUCCCCAUUCUAUGUGUUCCAAGUGUUCAGUAUGUGUGUGUGGUACUCAGACGAAUAUUAUAUCUACGCCACGUGUAUUCUUCUCAUCACCACCAUUUCCAUCAAUACAUCCAUCUACCAAACCAGAUCUAUGCAGCGAGCAUUGCGUAACACAAUCCAAGCAUCAACAACUGUGACAGUUUUCCGUGGCGAUAAUGAACCCUGUAAUAUCCAGUCAGAAGAUCUGAUUCCUGGAGAUGUCAUAGAGAUUCCACGUCACGGCUGUAUCAUGCAGUGUGAUGCCGUCCUGGUAGCGGGAAAUUGUAUUGUGGAUGAGAGCAUGCUUACAGGUGAGAGUGUUCCAGUCACAAAAACCCCCCUCCCAAACCCAAAGCUUGUCAAGCCAGGGGAUUCCAUCACAACGACCUUUGACAUCAAAGAACAUGCACGUCAUGUCCUGUUCUGCGGGACACGUGUCAUACAGACUCGUUACUAUGGUAACAAGAGAGUGAAGGCAGUGGUUGUACGAACAGGCUUCUACACAGCUAAAGGUGAACUCGUUCGUUCAAUCCUUUACCCCAAACCUGUGGACUUCAAAUUUGAGCGUGACACCUACAUCUUUGUUGGAGUUCUGGCAUUUAUAGCAGCUUUAGGGUUUAUUUACACCGUUAUAUUGGAGAUUCAGCACGGUGAGGAUGCUAAAGACAUUGCUCUGCACUCCCUCGAUAUCAUCACUAUCACGGUACCACCUGCUCUACCAGCUGCCCUCACCGUGGGGAUCAUCUUUGCUCAGCGUCGCCUGAAGUCUCAUGGCAUUUAUUGCAUCAGUCCUCGUGCUAUUAACAUCGCUGGUAGUCUGAAUGCUGUGUGUUUUGACAAGACAGGCACUUUGACUGAGGAUGGACUCAUGAUGCAGGGUAUUGUUCCCUCCCAAGAUGCUUGUUUCCAUGAUGAGAUCCGGGAUAUGUGUGAGGUUACAAAGGGAUCAUUACUGGUGUGUAUGGCUACGUGUCAUUCACUUACCAAGAUAGAUGGAACUCUUAGUGGGGAUCCACUAGACCUCAUCAUGUUCUCGUCAAUUGGCUGGGAUUUGGAGGAGCCAGGCCUGGAAGAGUCCAGCAGGUUUGAUAUGAUGGUGCCCACUAUUGUCUAUCCCUCAAAAUCACCAGAUGUCCUCAAGGAAACAAUUGAUUUUGCUGAAAAGAUGGAUCCACAUCCAAAAGAGGAAUACGGAAUCCUGCGCCAGUUUACUUUUACCUCUAGUCUACAACGUAUGUCCGUCAUCGUCAGACAGCUACAGUCUGCAAACUUUGAGCUUUAUUGUAAAGGUGCCCCAGAGAUGAUCGCCCGCCUCUGCCGGCCCAGUACAGUACCUGACAACUUUCAAAGUGUACUGAGUUCCUAUACACAACAUGGUUAUCGAGUGAUUGCUUUAGCCUGGAAACCACUGUCAUCUAAAAUUAACUAUGUCAAGAUACAGCGGAUGCAGAGAGAACAAGUAGAAAAAGAUUUGCUGUUUUUGGGACUUCUUGUGAUGGAGAACAAGUUAAAACAAGAGACAACACCUGUUAUCAGUCAACUUCGUGAAGCUAACAUUCGCACCAUCAUGGUAACAGGAGACAAUAUUCUGACUGCCCUGAGUGUGGCGCGGGAGUGUGAUAUGGUAGAUCCCCCAGACAAGGUUAUCUUAGCUGAGGCUUUCUAUCUUCCUGAGGACACUACACAGUCAAACCCACAAUUAGAGUUUGUGUACGCUGAUGAUCGGAACAAGAAGGUGGAGGAAGUAUCUACUGGGGAGAACAUGACCAUUCAAAUAGAUGACCCAUAUGACAAGUUUCAUUUUGCUGUCACAGGGAAAUCAUGGAGCGUUCUUCGUCAACAUUUCCCAGAAAUUUUGCCAAAGAUUGUGGUGAAGGGAACAGUAUUUGCUCGAAUGUCUCCCAGUCAAAAGGCACAACUUAUAGAGGUUCUUCAGGAAGUUGGGUACUAUGUGGCCAUGUGUGGUGAUGGGGCCAAUGAUUGUGGGGCCCUGAAGACUGCCCACACUGGGAUUUCCUUGUCUGAGGCAGAGGCUUCAGUAGCAUCUCCGUUUACAUCAAAGACUCCCAAUAUCCAAUGUGUACCUACAGUUAUAGCUCAGGGGAGAGCUGCCUUAGUGACAUCCUUUGGGAUAUUUAAGUACAUGGCCUGUUACAGCCUUACACAGUUUAUAUCUGUCUGCCUGCUGUAUUGGAUUGGGGCCAACAUGACUGACUUUGAGUUCCUGUAUGUGGAUUUGAUUUUGGUAUCUACACUCAGUAUUACAUUUGGUAGAACAGAGGCUCACCCAAAGCUGGCCAAGGAGCCACCUCCCUUCAGACUGACGAGUCUACUGCCAAUCAUGUCCCUAGUCAUACAGAUUGGAAUUCAGAUGGCUGUUCAGGUGUUCUGUUUCUAUCACAUACAGACACAGCCUUGGUUUAAACCGUACCAGGAGAACCCUGAUGAUGACUACACAAGUUAUGAGAACACAGCCGUGUUCUAUGGCUCAGCCUAUCAGUAUAUCAUACUGGCUGUUGUAUUUGCCAAGGGACCACCGUACAGAAAACGACUUUUUACAAAUUAUUUAUUUUUGGGGAAUAUUAUCACGUGUACUUUGCUAACAAUGUGGUUGACCAUUUAUCCACCAGAGGGAGCUCUAGAAUUUCUAGAGUUGAUGCCACCAGACUCCAUCCCGUAUCGUUUGUUGUAUGUAGGUGUGGCUACCGCAAACCUUAUCCUGUCACUCCUGUUGGAGAUGUUUGUGCUUGACAGCAUUUUUGUACGAAAGAAAUGUAACUAUUAUGCUGAAAAGUGGCUUACCCUUGGCGUCCACCGCUACACUCAAAUUGAGGAGGAAAUUGAUGGCUGUCCUGACUGGCCUCCAGUGAGUCCAUCAUCUACUAGUCUAUCGAACAGUUUUAUUCCACUGGAAAAUCAAUUAUCCAGAAUUGACCCUAAAGAUAAUGAUCAUAUGCUACCACCGGACACAGACACAGAAACACUGAGUAUGAAGUCUCAAAGUUCCUCUCCUCUAAAGUCUGUGUCUAGUGUUGAGGACUGUCUGCUGGACGAGGACAGUAUCAGCAGUCAGCUUGACCUAGGGCAGCCAUUACUCAGACAAAGUUCUACAGAAGGAUCCUAG